GCUCGCGCUCCUCGCGCUACAGCAGCGCCGAGCUCGUGGACUGCGGCAGUCAGUGCAAGCGGCGGAGAACGAGGCAGCGAGCCGGCGCCUGCUGACGUUCAAAUCUUCGGUCUCCUCCCAGCCUACCGCAGGGCCGCUUCCUAAACCGCCGCAGGGGUCCAGUCGCUCAUCGCAACAACCAGCCAUGUCGCGCCCCAAGGUGUACGUCACCAGGCCGGACAUCCCUGCCGAGGCGAUGGCCAAGCUCAAGCAGCACUGCGAUGUAACCCACUGGGACAGGGAGGAGCCCGUGCACCGCGAUACCCUGCUUGCCAACGUCAAGGGCAAGGACGCGCUGCUCUGCAUGCUUACGGACAAGAUCGAUGAGACUGUCAUCUCGGCUGGGGACAAGCUGAAAAUCAUCGCCACAAUGUCCGUCGGCUUUGAGCACAUCGAUCUUGAGGAGUGCAAAAGGAGGAAUAUUACAGUGACCAACACUCCGAACGUGUCUUCGGACUCUGUAGCUGAAAUGACCAUCGCCAUGGCACUGGCAGCUGGACGGAGGCUUGUGGACGGCGCGAAUUCCGUCAAGGCAGGCGAAUGGAUUUACUCGUGGGGUCCCAUGUGGAUGGUCGGCCAGGGUCUUAACGGCGCGACCGUGGGCUUCGUCGGCAUGGGCCACAUCGCACAGUGUGUGCUUAAGGGCAUGAUAGGACUGAACAUCGGCAAGGCCAUCUACUACGACAAGUUUCACCCCAUCAAGCCAGCGGAGGAGCUGGGCGCCACGUACUGCUCCAUCGACGAAGUGGCCAAGCAGGCUGACUUCCUCAUCACCCUGACCAACUUGACUGACGAGACCAGGGGCAUGUACAAUAAGAGCUUCUUCUCCAAGAUGAAGAAAACUGCCGUCUUCAUCAACACCAGCAGGGGUGGUGUCGUCAACCAGGAUGACCUGUACGACGCCCUGAAGAACAAAGUUAUCAGGGCUGCCGCCAUCGACGUCGCGAUGCCCGAGCCGCUGCCCAAGGACGACAAGCUGCUCACCCUGAGAAACCUGAUUGUGACUCCUCACAUCGGCAGCGCUGAGCUCAGCGUUCGAAUCAAGAUGGGUUUCCUCGCUGUGGACAACGUCAUCAACGUUCUCAACGGUCAGGCAACUGUCACCAAACCGGUCGUCCCGCAUCAAUAACCGGUCUCUCCAAAGGGACGGAGUGGUGGAGGCAACCGGACAAUCAACUACCUCGACACUGGUAGCCGCUCCUCCGCCCUUCGCAUUGUAUUUUUUUUUAACUUAAGAAAAAAAAAUUGACUCAUUGGUAUGCACCGGCUUGCGGAGUGCCACAGUAAAACCACGACGUGUCGUCUCGUUCGACCCUUGGCGAAAAAAUGGCGUCAUUCUUCUUCGCGCCAUCCUCAUCUUCCUCCCAUUCCCUCUCCCGGCCCUUCGUAGGGUUUAAUAAAAUUGUGCCAACUUGUGGUUGUUGAAA